GCCCCCCCCCCGGCAGAUCACCUCAUUUGCCGCGAGCGGUGAGCUGACUGGGAUGGUACCCCGGGAAGGCCCUGAGUCUGCGCGGUGCCCGUGCCCUUCCCUGGCUAGCCUGCAUGCCAAGGAUGUGCUCCGGAGGAAGCACAAGAGGAGGAGCCGACAGCACCAGCGAUUCAUGGCCCGGAAGGCGCUGCUGCAGGAGCAGGGCCUGCUGAGCAUGCCCCCAGAGCCGCGAUCCUCCCCACCGCCCGUGCCGUCGGUGGCCCUGCAGGGCACUGAAGCCGCCAGCAGCGGGAUGCAGCGUCCAAGGAAUGAAUCGGGAGGUGCCUCGUGGAGCAGAAAGCCCACCCCCAGGGAGUCCGCGGGGCCCUGGCCCAGCAAGUGCGUGGCUAUCGACUGCGAGAUGGUGGGCACGGGACCCCGAGGGCGGGUGAGCGAGCUGGCCCGCUGCUCUGUGGUGAGUUACCAUGGCGACGUCCUCUAUGACAAGUACAUCCGGCCCGAGAUGCCCAUCGUGGACUACCGCACCCGCUGGAGUGGCGUCACUCGGCAGCACAUGCGUAAGGCCAUCCCCUUCCAGGUGGCCCAGAAAGAGAUCCUCAAGCUCCUGAAGGGCAAGGUGGUGGUGGGGCACGCGCUCCACAAUGACUUCCAGGCCCUCAAGUACGUCCACCCUCGGAGCCAGACCCGGGACACCACUUAUGUGCCCAGCCUCCUCCACCAGCCUGGCCUCCACACCCGCACCCGGGUCUCGCUGAAGGACCUGGCCCUGCAGCUGCUACACAAGAAGAUCCAGGCCGGCCAGCACGGGCACUCGUCGGUGGAAGACGCCGUGACGGCCAUGGAGCUCUACCGGCUGGUGGAGGCGCAAUGGGAGCAGCAGGAGGCCGUCAGCCUCCCGCCCCGCCCCGAGGACCAGGAGCCGGACGGCAGCACGGACAUGGAGGAGUACAUGGAGGACCAGUACUGGCCCGAGGACCUGGCCCAGGGCGCCCGCGGGGGGAUGGGGGAGGCAGGGGACAGAAGGGAGUGAGGCGGGAGAGGCCCCCAGGCGGCCUCCGAGCGGAGGAGUAGGGUGCGGGGGGGCCGGCAGAGCCCUGGGCACGGCACCCCGGGCAGGGCAGGAUGCGGCCAGCCGGCUGCUGGUGUCCAGGGAGUUGGGGCCAUCUGUCCUCUUGGCUCCCUCCACCCAGGGCUGUUGUGGGCACUUACCCCCGCCCCAGCCCUGUGGUUUACUAAUGGCACUUUACAGACCCUAUGAAAAUGUCAGGGGGGCAAGCUUGGAGGACGCAGCGGGAGGAGGGCGUGUGCCGUGUGCCGGCAGGCCUCCCCCAGCCCCGUGCUGUGCUGUCCGGGCAGGUGAUGUCUCCUCCCUGCGGUGUUCGCUCAGCCCCGUGACUUGGGGUAAAGCUCUCCGCUCUUACUUUCCUCUGCCUCUUCCACAGGCGUUGUCAGGUUCAGAAUGAAUAUGUCCCUGAACCUGUAGAGUUGAGGCUACUCUGCGGGACAUUCCCUUCCUUUCUGUCUGAACUAGAACUCUGGCUGUUGCCAUAGUAGGAACCCAGCUAGGCUGUGACGGACAGCAGAGCGCCCAGGCUCGUGGGGAGGUGGCACCAGGACUCACCAGGCACUGUUCUGAGGGGGGGAGGGCGGAUGAGCUUUGGGUGGAGAGGGUGGCGUAUUAAUUUUGACCCAACUCAGGCACAAGCCUGAGAAACAAGACAGCAGUUUGAGUUCUGGGACCCCUCUGCAAGGCCACCAUGUCCGUGGGGCGAGGGCCAGGCCUGGGCAGCCUUGUCCACACUCGGGCUGGUGUCCCCUCGGGCACUUUGACCCACAGUUGCUGUGGUCAUUGGGUUUUCUCCAACUUUCUGGAUAGGUUCUCUGUCAGGAUCUCAUCUGCCACCCCUCUUUCCUUCUUUCCCAAGGGGCAGUUUGGGAGUAUUGAGGUUAACCAAGAGCUCAGGUCCACACCGACCUUUGAGCCCCAUCUUUGCUUGCCACUUAAAAGCUUUGAGACCUCGAGCAAGGUCUCACUCUUGAGCCCGUUUCCUCCUCUGUAAAAUGGGGAUGAUGCUACAGCCUACCUCAUAGGGUUGUCCUGGGGGUCAAGUGCUGAGUGCUCAGCACUGUGCCUGGCAUGCUGUGUUUUCUUCAAGGAUCCGUUUCAGCCUCCUCUGGGUAAUAUCUGAACCACACCCCUGGGGUUGAGUGACUGUGACAAGGCUGUCCUCACUUGGCUGCUCCAGUGGGGGCGGGCUGAUGACACAGCAUGGAGGUGCCCGGUCCUCGCUGCGCCCUGCGGCUGGGCGACCUCUACACUCAGCGUCUCCCUCUGUGUGCAGGAAAUGACAAGGGUUCUUAUGUCAGUCUGACCCCAGCAGCAGGGCCAGGAACCGAGAGACACUACUGAAACCACACUCCUUCCAAGUUGUCUGUGCCCAGCUCCCUCCCCGUCUGCAGGGCAGGGAGCCGCCUGAUGGCCUGGCUCCACACUUUGUUCUGGAGUCCUUCAAAGUGUGUAGUUGGUGCCAAACUCCCAGCCCAGCCCAGCCCAGCCAUAGUUUCGAUUCUUUGGGCUACGGGUUGAAGGAAGAUGGAGCUGCUACCAGUGGGAAAAUGUACUGGGUUUAAAAUCAGCUUUUUUGUAAAACCAUUUGUUCUGGAAUAAAACUCAAUUAGAAAAGUG